ACGUACGGUGACGUCACGUCAUCGCCAUCUGACGUAGAGUGACGUCACACACGCUGGAGCCGAACAUGGCGGCUGCCAUGGAGCUGAGAUGCUGGGGCGGCGACUGGGGUCUGCCGUCUGUCCACAACGACUCCCUCGUAGUCCUGGCCUAUGCUAAGUUUUCUGGGGCUAAAGUCAACGUUUCUCCUAUAGACUGGACAUGGAAAACCCUAACAGGAACAGUCCCCGAGCUGCUUUGCGGCGAUACUUCAGUAAAAGAACCUUCUCAGAUUCUUGCCUUUCUGAGGAAGCAGAGGUUUAAUGCAGACUAUGAGCUGAGCGCUAGACAAGGAGCCGACACCAUGGCGUACAUCGCUCUCCUCCAAGAGAAACUGCAACCUGCAUUGUUGCACACUUUCUGGUUGGACGCAGACAACUAUGCCAAUCUGACACGGCCAUGGUUUGCGUCCCAUUCGCCCUUCCCACUAAAUUUUCUCGUCCCCAGUCAUCACGCCAGCAUCGCCCUCACCCGCAUCCUGCUGACCAAAGGAGAGUCACCACAACGAAGAAUUACAGAAUUGGAAGGAAAGCUCUACAGCGACGCCAAGGAAUGCCUCAAUCUCCUCUCCUACAGACUGGGCACAGCAAACUACUUCUUUGGCAACUUGCCCACCAGCCUGGAUGCUUUUGUCUUUGGGUUUGUGGCUCCACUCCACAAAGCCCACCUCCCCAACAGCCCCCUGCAGAGUCACCUCCGGCAGCUGGAGAACCUCAUGCACUUCUGCGACAACAUCCUGUCCGUCUAUUUCAACCCGGCCAACCCUUGUCUUCCCCCAUCUGUUCAGGAAACAAUGGAUGCCAACCUCCAGAAACUAACUCAGCUUGUAAACAAAGAGUCCAACUUGAUAGAAAAGAUGGAUGACAACCUGCGCAGCAGCCCUCAGCACAAACCUCACCGGCCGGAGCCCAAACCCAGUCCGAUCAUGGAAAAAAGAUCGACACCUGCAUAACCUCUGACCUCUGACACCCCCCUCCCCUACCCCAAUAAACCUGCCUUACGAACAAAGAAGCGAAGCCCGCCUCGGGAGGUGCAAAGGUACAACUCCCAAUCCAACUUAAUGACCGCCAUCAACGCGAGGCACCACGUAACUGUCCAAAAUGAGAAGCCUUGUUUGAAGGUAAUGAUGAUGGCUUUCAAAGAUGUCAAUUUGGAAAAAGAGCGCAGCGUAAGCUCCCUUUUUAAAAGGCUGCACGCACGAUGGCGGUUAAUGAUGGAAUGGAAUUAUUAUGAACGAAUGCUCAUAGAGAAAGACAGAGAAUGUUGAGAAGGAAAUGAAAAGUGCUGCAAGGGAAAGAAAGUGGUGCUACUUGAGACUUUUUAGUUUAGCUAAUUUUUCAAAAGGGAAUGUCACCCCUUUCCUUUCUUUGACCUCACACUAAAACUUCACCUUGCGUUGCACAAAGGCUUUAGUUGUUUAAAAAUGUAUUACACUAUUAUUUAUUUGUAACUGAAGUUAUGCAUGCAACCCUGUUGAAAAGCUUGUACAGUUGUAAAUAGAGUAUUUAGAGUAUAUGAAUAAUGCUAUGUGCUCAUAAAGGGCUCAAGAGAGCGUUUGCUUGCUACACUGUGGGGAUAAAAAGGGCCUUCCUUAUUCACUGUAUAAACAUCACUGUAUGCGUGAGUGUGAGUGUGAGUGUGAGUGUGAGUGUGAGUGUGAGUGUGAGUGUGAGUGUGAGUGCGUGUGUGUGUGUGUGUGUGUGUGUGUGUGUGUGUGUGUGUGUGUGUGUGUGUGUGUGUGUGUGUGUGUGUGUG